AUGGAGAACAUCCAUGAACUACAACAUCCGCUACUGGGAAACCCCGCUAGCAAAACUCUCCUCCCUGGCGGGAUGCUCAACUGGGCAAGCUCCCACGACCGUUCCGGACUGCUGUCCCACCACGUGCCGUCCAACCUCCCCUGGCUCUCCCCCAGCACUGGUCUUCUACCCAACCAGCUCCUGAAUCCCCACAGCCUGUCCAGGACCACCAUCCUCUCCGCCAACCUUCCCGAAUCGAAGCUCUACCCGGAGCUGUGGAAAUGCAGCAACCCCCAAAACUGGAAGAAGAAAGAUUAUAUCGAAACUGCCUUCGGGGAGGGCAAAGGGGCAGGCGAACUGCCACGCAAGAUCGCCCUCGAGACGGAUAUUCACACCGUCUGCUACGAGGUGGGGGACAUGGAGCUGCCCGAGGUGGAGAACAACUCCUCGAGUGACAGUGACACCGAGAGCGAGAGCAGCUUCUCCAUGUUGCAGCCUCAGGAUUAUCUGGGCCUGGCGGUUUUCUCCAUGCUGUGCUGCUUCUGGCCACUAGGCAUCGCUGCCUUUUACCUGUCACAGAAGACCAACAAAGCUUCAGCCAUGGGUGACUAUCCCCGAGCGUGGACGGCUUCCCGUCAAACAUUUGCCCUGGCGGUCUUGGCCAUCAUCCUUGGCAUUUGCACCUACAUCGGCGCCGUGGUGGCCCUCAUCGCCUAUCUCUCUAACAAGGCCCCCACCUAA